AGCGGCGUUGGCAGCCUCGUGCCUCCCUAUAAAAGCCCGCAGUCAGCGUCCAGGGAGCACGGAGGAAGCUCAACCUCUCAGGUGUAUCUGUCUGUAUCUGUCUAUCCAACAACCAUGAAGACUGUAGCUCUGUUCCUUGCUCUGGCAGUCAUCACUGGCUGCAAUGCCCGUGCUGUACGCCAGGCUGAUGCCACCCCAACCAGCUGGGAGGCAACCGUGGAUCAAUUCUGGCAGUACGUCUCUGAGCUGAACCAGAAAGCUGAUGGAGUGGUGCAGGAUCUCAAGGCCUCUCAGCUCAGCAGGGAGCUAGACACUCUGAUCACUGACAGCAUGGCAGAGCUGGCCACAUACAGAGAUGACAUCCAGACCAAGAUCGCCCCCUACACCGAAACCUCCACCGGCCAGCUGUCUCAGGACCUGCAGCUCCUGACCACCAAACUCCAGAAGGACAUGCUGGAUGCCAAGGAACGCAGCGUGGAGUACCUGGGUGAGCUCAAGACCAUGAUGGAGCAGAACAGCGAUGAUGUUCGCGGCCGCAUCAACACCUACACCCACAAGCUGAAGAAACGCCUGAACAAGGACACUGAGGAGAUUCGCAACACCGUGGCCACCUACAUGGGUGAGCUCCAGUCCCGCGCCUCCCAGAACUUGGACUCCGUGAAGGUGAGCGUUGAGCCCUACGUCCAGCAGGUCAGUGACACCGCCAACAAGAAGAUGAGUGACAUCACCACCCUGCUGCAGAACCAGGCUCAGGGCUUGGGCCAGCAGCUGGAGACCCAGGCUCAGGGCAUCAAGACCCAGAUGGAGGCUGUCGCAGAGGACCUGCGCACCAACCUGGAAGGCAAGAUCGACGAGCUCACCGAGCUGAUCUCCCCUUACGCCACCAAGGUCCGUGAGCAGAUCGAGAACGUCAUGGAAAAGGUCAAGCAGACCACCAGCUCCUAAAGACUGUUUUCUUGAUACCCUGGCAAAAAGGGGGGAAGGGGGGAGUUGAGAGUUACUGAGGAUAUCUUCAUUAUGGUGCUCUGUUGUUCAGUGUGAGGGGGGUUGAAGAGAUGAAGGAGGGAGAAUGAGGUGCAGAACAGUCAGAUAAAUGUCUGUUUGACUCUGCAUAGUCACCCUUUCUUCUCUUAUCGACUCCAUCGAUCACUGAACACAGGCACCCCAGUCAAUAACGGCCUUUUAACAAACAGGAGACAAUUAUUUGUAAUAUGCUUUGCUUUUCUACUGUUAAUUCACUGUGUUAGCUGUCUAUCCACCCUCCCAAGGUUUUGUAUUGAGUUUCCUACAUUUUUGUUUGGUUGUAAAUGUAACUACUGAGCCUCACAGGCGAGUAUGGGUAAUCCUUAAAUGCACCAAACGUAAAUGUCUGUCAUUUCAAUAAAUGCACUGAGUUAUGACGAUCAAAAGAUGGGGACACAUGUAAUAAUGUGUCAGCUUGUUUUUUCUCGCGGUGAACCACAGAGUGCCCUUCUCUACUGUCUGAAUGUAAAGCGACUUAAUGCAUUUCUGGCAUAAGUGAGUGUAAUGCUGCCUGUCUGUUCUUCAGCCCCACUAUGUGUGUCACAUGUCACAUGCCCACCAUGCUGCUCACUGUAAGUGCACUGUCAGUGUGCUGAACAGUGCUGAGUGAAUAAAGAAACAAGAAAAGAU